AUGUCUUUCAUGAGCGAUCAGUUCGCUGCCAAGCGGAACCUUGUGAGGGACCAGGUGGUCAUCUAUCCGCGAAGAAAGAGCGGCCAGGCCAACCGCGAUCUAGGGAUCGUAGUGUUGAAUCGCGACAUGAUCGACUCCUUGUGCUGGCUUCCCCUCCCGUCCGCUGCUGAGAUCUUGAAGAUCUCUCCGACGGCUUUGAAGACUGCUUGCCGCUCUCUUGGAAUCAUCCGAUGGCCCUACUCUCGUGCCGAGACUCGCUGUGUUCCCUCGCCUGCUGCCGCGAGCAUCCCCGCCGUGCCAGUCGCUGCUCAGCGCAAGGAGGUUCCGUCCAAGCCUGUCAAGGUCGAAGUUGCCUCACCCCCCGAACAGCCGAGUGUGUCAGCGAUCAUCAAGAGCGUGAAAGAGGAGCAGCAGCUCUUGGCGAGCGAGAGCAGCGAGACAGAGGGAACAACCAACGAUGAAUGUGACUCCCUUCAGACCUCCGACGACGAGAUCAGUCAUCUGCUAACGGGGCAUGAGGAUGACUUGGCUUGGCUGGCUGCGGGUCUCGUUCCGAACCCCGAGCUAGAGUUUCAUGCUCCUCUUCCAUGCUCAGCAUAG